UUAAUUUGCAUGUUUAAUAAUUGGUCGAAGAAUUAAUAUUCAUGGAGUUGCUGCUUUCGGUCGUCUCCUCGAUCCUCCUCCUUUUCUGCUUGCUCUCUCUUGUACGGCGGGCGGUGGACCGGUGGCUGUGCCGGCGGUGCUACCUGCUCGACUACGUCUGCUACAAGCCGUCGGACGACCGCAAGCUUCCCACGGACCGGUGCAGCGAGGUGAUCAUGCGCAACCCGCGGCUGAGGCUGCCGGACUACAAGUUCCUGCUCAAGGUCGUCGUCAACUCCGGCAUCAGCGAGGAGACGUACGGCCCGCGCAGCAUCAUCGUGGGGCGGCGCGAGGAGCGGCCCAGCAUGGCGGACUGCUACGAGGAGGUCGACGACUGCGCCUUCGCCACCCUCGACCAGCUCUUCCGGCGCACCGGAAUCCCGCCGUCCCGCGUCGACCUCCUCGUCGUCAACGUCUCCAUGUUCGCCCCCGCGCCCUCCCUCGCGUCGAGGAUCAUCAACCGCUACGGGAUGCGCGACGACGUCAAGAGCUUUAACCUCGCCGGGAUGGGGUGCAGCGCCAGCCCCAUCGCCGUCGACCUCGUCAGCAACGUGUUCAGGUCGCGGAAGGGGAUGGUGGCGCUGGUCUUCACGUCGGAGUCGAUUGCGCCGAACUGGUACUCGGGGAGCGACCGGUCGAUGAUGCUCGGAAACUGCCUGUUCCGCUCCGGCGGGUGCUCGUUCAUGCUCACCAACGACGGGAGCCUGAGGCACCGGGCGAAGAUGAGGUUGAACUGCUUGGUGCGGACGCACAUCGGGGCCAACGACGAGGCCUACGGCUGCGCCAUCCAGAAGGAGGACGACGUCGGCCGCGUCGGAUUCCACCUCGGCAAGAACCUUCCCAAGGCGGCGGUGCGGGCCUUCACCGAGAACAUGCAGAGGCUGGCGCCCAAGGUGCUGCCGAUCGGCGAGCUGGCGUUGCACGCUGUCCGGGUGCUCCGGCACAGGCUACUGAAGGCGGCGGCGACGAACUCGAAGGAGCCGGCGGCAGGGAACGAGAGGGUGGUGAACUUCAAGACGGGGGUGGAGCACUUCUGCCUGCACACAGGCGGGGCGGCGGUGAUCGAUGCGGUGGGGAAGGGGCUGGGGCUGAACAAGUACGACGUGGAGCCGGCGAGGAUGACGCUGCACCGGUGGGGGAACACGUCGGCGAGCAGCCUGUGGUACGUGCUGGGGUACAUGGAGGCGAAGAAGAGGCUGAGGAAGAAGGAGAGAGUGAUGAUGAUAAGCUUCGGGGCGGGGUUCAAGUGCAACAGCUGCGUGUGGGAGGUGCUGCGGGACCUCGACGGCGGCGACGGCGGCGUCUGGGAGGACUGCAUUGGCCGCUACCCUCAGCAGACCUUGGUCAACCCGUUCUUGAAGAAAUUUGGGUGGGUCAACGAGGAGUGAUAAGACUAACGAGCUACUACUAAUAAGUAAUUCAAGAUAUAUAUAUCAAUGCAUAUCAUUAUUCUUUAAUUUAAUAAGGGCUUGUAAUAAUUUGUAAGGAAUGAAGUGUUUCGUAAUUUUA